CAUGACCGGGCCUCCAGCUCCCGGACGUCCCCCACCCUCGCACCCCCCGCCCCAACCGGACACGGCCCCCGCCCUGCUCGCCCCGCGCGGUCAGCCUGCGCCCCGCCAUGGAGGACCUGGAUGCCCUGCUAUCUGACUUGGAGACCACCACCUCACACAUGCCAAGGUCAGGGGCCCCAAAAGAGAGAUCCCCAGAGCCCCUCACAUCUCCCCUGCCCUAUGGCCACCAGCCACAGAUGGGGUCUGGGGAAUCUUCAGAAUCCUCUGGAGAAAAAGACCAUCUGUACAGCACGGUAUGUAAGCCCCGGUCCCCGAAGUCUGCAACCCCUGUGGCCCCUCCAUUCUCCUCUUCCAGUGGUGUCCUGGGCACAGGGCUCUGUGAGCUAGACCGGUUGCUUCAGGAACUUAAUGCUACUCAGUUCAACAUCACAGAUGAAAUAAUGUCUCAGUUCCCAUCUAGCAAGGAGACUGCAGAAGAGCAGAAGGAGGACCAAUCUGAGGACAAGAAAAGGCCCAGCCUCCCUCCCAGCCCAUCCCCUACUCUCCCAAAGCCUUCAGCCACCUCGGCCACCCUAGAGCUGGAUAGACUGAUGGCAUCACUCUCUGACUUCCGCGUCCAGAACCAUCUUCCAGCCUCUGGGCCAACCCAGCCACCAGCCCCAAGCUCCGUGACUGAGGGCUCCCUUUCCCCACCAGGGCUGACUAGCAAAGGCAGCCUAGACACCAUGCUGGGGCUGCUGCAGUCUGACCUCAGCCGCCGUGGCGUUCCCACCCAGGCCAAGGGCCUCUGUGGCUCCUGCAAUAAACCCAUUGCUGGGCAAGUGGUGACGGCUCUGGGUCGCGCUUGGCACCCUGAGCACUUCGUUUGUGGUGGCUGUACCACUGCCCUGGGAGGCAGCAGUUUCUUCGAGAAGGAUGGGGCCCCUUUCUGUCCCGAGUGCUACUUUGAGCGCUUCUCCCCACGAUGUGGCCUCUGCAAUCAACCCAUCCGACACAAGAUGGUUACUGCCUUGGGCACCCACUGGCACCCGGAACAUUUCUGCUGCGUCAGUUGCGGGGAGCCCAUUGGAGAUGAGGGUUUCCACGAGCGCGAGGGCCGCCCCUACUGCCGCCGGGACUUCUUGCAGCUGUUCGCCCCACGCUGCAAGGGCUGCCAAGGCCCCAUUCUGGAUAACUACAUCUCAGCGUUGAGCGCGCUCUGGCACCCAGACUGCUUCGUCUGCAGGGAAUGCUUCGCUCCCUUCUCAGGAGGCAGCUUUUUUGAGCACGACGGCCGCCCGCUGUGCGAGAACCAUUUCCAUGCAAGGCGCGGUUCGCUGUGCGCCACGUGUGGCCUCCCGGUGACCGGCCGUUGUGUGUCAGCCCUGGGCCGCCGCUUCCACCCGGACCACUUCACCUGCACUUUCUGCCUGCGCCCUCUCACCAAGGGCUCCUUCCAGGAGCGUGCUGGCAAGCCCUACUGCCAGCCCUGCUUCUUCAAGCUCUUCGGCUGAUGGCCUGCCUGGCCAGUCCAGGGAGACUACAUCCCCAAGACCUCGCCCUUCCCGAAGAGACCUUGCUCACCCAAGGCCUUGCUCCUAGCACUUGGGACUCUCCCUAGUCCCUCCCAGUGAGACCCCACCCACUGGAGAGACCCGCCCUUAAGGUACUGUACUAUAAGUUCUUCGCUGUCAAGUUCAGAAAAGUCCCGGCCAAUUUCAAGGCCACGUGCCACAGAGUGGGUUAUGCACUGACGAACAAUCCCGCGUGAGCUCUCCACUUAAUUCCCACCCUUUAUGGAGCCCACUGACUGACAAGGGCCCUUGUAAAUCAGACUAAUCAGAGGCCGGGCCAGGACAUCUCUGCUCCCUGCUCCUUCACUGUUUUGUGCACUUUUUUUUUAACCUAUAUAAACACAAGUUCCGCCUCA